UACUUUACAACGGUCCAUUUUUGUGAAGCACAAAGGAGCUAGCAAACACAAUGAAUGCAAUGAUGCUGCUGCAGCAGCUUGUAGUAUUUCUCCUCUUCUCAGUUCUCUCCGUAUCAGCUAUUGGAAGUUAUCAGGUCCUAUAUGCGGAAGGUACAAGCGCCUAUUACGAAGAGGACUGGAGAACAGCAGUAGAUAAAUUAGAAAGAGCUUUAGCGGAUUACAACGAAGUAAAGAAAGCAAAAGAGACAUGCUACAAGGAAUGCUCAGACGAGAGAGCUUCCAUACCAGGUGAUUAUGUCGAUGAUGAGCAGCUACACUUCUUCCAUGCUUUACUUGAGAGGUCAUCCUGUCGAAAGAAAUGCAAUAAAAAGCUGAUGGGCGAAGAAUACAACUUGUCAGAAAAAGUAUCCAAAAAAAUCAACGAAGUCAUGUCUAGUGGAGAGAUUCACAUCUUCAUACAGUACUCAUUAUACAAUUUGAACAAUGUAACUGGUGGUGCUGCACAUGCUGCUACUCAUCUGUAUCUCAGUCCUGGCAGCAGUCCUGCAAGAGCUAACAUGGAAUACUAUCAGUCAUUGAAGGAGCUCUCUGAGUCUGAUUUCAAGCCACUGUACAGCAAAGCAUACAGGGACUUGUAUGUCGAAGGACAGGCUCUGUAUAAUAGCGACGAGUAUGAGAAAAUGGUGGAUAAAGUUGAAGAAGCACUUUUAGAGUAUUACAUAGAAAUUGAGAAGUGCAGGUUAGAGUGCGAAGGACCUCAGGAAUUCAAUGGAUCUAAGUUUUUUGCUGAAGCAAUGUGGAGCCACCAUCACUCGUACUUGCAGUGCCAAUAUGACUGCCCAGAGAAACUGGGAGACUUUAGAGAUGAUGAUACACAUCGAGUCAACUUCCUUGGAUCUUUCUAUCACUACCUUACUUAUGGAUACUUCAACAUUAAAAGGAUGAAAGAUGCAGCAAAGGCAGUUAUGACUCACUUGAGGAUAGAGCCUAACAGCAAGAUUGCUGUCAUGAACAAAGGAUACAUCAAGCAGCAGCCAGGGAUUACAAUCAAAGACUUUGUUGAGCGUGAAGAUGCUAAAUCUCUUCUUGACAGAAUGGAAAAAGAAAAAAAGGUUUUAGACAUGCUAGAAAGGCUUUCAAAAAGAGACAUUGCUGAUGUCCCAGUUUCAGAAGAAGAUAAAAACGACGAAGAAUUGCUUGAGGAAGAUUUUAAUAAGUUUCCUGUCAUUAAAGAGGAAGAAUUUGAAAUGAAAGAAGAGAAAGUUUCUGAAGAGAAACCUGCUGAAAAAGAAGAAUCAAAAGAAGAUGACACAAAAAAUAAAGUUGUUGUUCUUGAGACAGCAGCAGAUCAUGGAGGAGUGCACAGAGUCUUACUAGAUAAUUUGAUUACUCAAGAACAGUGUCAAUCAUUUCUAGAACUAACAAAAAAUUGUGUAGAGGGAGAUGGAUAUCAGAGGAAGUCACCUCACACACCACAUGAGAAAUUUGAAGGACUUCAUGUGCUUGAUGCUGCUAAAGGAGCAGUGAGAAAAACAAUUAAAAAGGAACUAGCUCAGCUUUAUCUUGAUGCCAGUGAGCUAGUUAGGUCUGCUCUGGUUGAACAAUUCAAUUUGUCACGGCCACUUUUUUUCUCAUACACUCACCUCGUCUGUAGAACAGGCUUAUUAAGCUCUUCUGAUAGACAUGACUUAAGCCACCCGGUGCAUGCUGACAAUUGUGUCCAGGAGGAACAUAAUGGAGAAUGCUAUAAGAGACAACCAGCUUACACGUGGAGAGAUUACAGUGCUAUUCUGUACUUGAACGAUGAUUUUGAAGGUGGGAAGUUCUUUUUUGCACAUUCUCAAUUUGAUACAACUCCACAACACUAUGUGACUCCUAAAUGUGGGAGGAUGGUUGGUUUCUCUGCAGGUAAGGAGAACAUGCAUGGAGUGACCGCAAUUACUAAAGGAAGGAGAUGUGCUGUUGCUCUAUGGCUGACAUUAGAUCCUCGACAUCGCGAGACAACAUUUGACGAAGCACAAACACUCCUCAAUGGAGUCUUUUAGAACCUUUAAGAACCCCAUGAGAAUCAUUACUCCGAUUGAAUGUGUAUUGUAUGAAUUUGUGAGAUUACAAUGAUUGUGGUAUAAAAUACAAAA